UGGUGGUUGCGAUGGGCAAUAGUGACAAUGAAGUGUGAAGUGGAGAAAGGACGAGGGUCGCGGUUGCUGCACAAAGCUGCCCGCAGUAGCGUCCGCCCAUCUGCGCACGGACACCAGCUGCAGUUCGCGCUAAAUCCUCUGCGGCUCUUGGUACCCGGCGCGGACAAACAAUUCUCCAUUGCGGCCAGCGCUUCCAAGGCUGUAUAUGCCUGCGGUGCGUGGUGUUGAUUCUCCCCAUAUUCCUGUCAUAGACCCUGCUGCCGCCCUUGAUAUCCCCUUGUACGCCACACAGUCUCUGAUUAUACGAUCCCUCGAAUUGAAAGUCGCUCCCGCCUACCGCCUCCAUUCGCGUCUGCUGCACGUCAUUGGCCGAGUUUGAAGGGCAAGAACCCCUCGACAGCUCUACACCACAACAACCGAUCGUCCACCCCACCUACAUCGAUCCCGCCGCCCCGCAACCAUGGAUACCAAUAUGGAGGACGUAAAGAUGCCAGAGCCCAUGCAGCUGUCGUCUGCCCCCACGUCUGAGCCGACCACAAUCCCCACGCUGGAUGGCUGGAUCGAGAGCCUCAUGAGCUGCAAGCAGCUGGCCGAGAGCGAUGUGCAGAGACUAUGCGACAAGGCCCGCGAGGUACUCCAGGACGAGUCCAACGUACAGCCAGUGAAAUGCCCCGUCACAGUCUGCGGUGAUAUACAUGGCCAGUUCCACGAUCUGAUGGAGUUGUUCAAGAUCGGCGGCCCCAACCCGGACACAAACUAUCUCUUCAUGGGUGACUAUGUCGACCGAGGCUACUUCUCCGUCGAGACUGUGACCCUUCUGGUCGCGCUCAAAAUUCGAUACCCCCAGCGCAUCACCAUCCUCCGUGGCAACCACGAGUCCCGUCAAAUCACCCAAGUGUACGGCUUUUACGACGAGUGUCUCCGCAAGUACGGCAACGCCAAUGUGUGGAAAUACUUCACAGACCUUUUCGACUACCUGCCGCUCACUGCCUUGAUCGACAACCAGAUCUUCUGUCUGCACGGUGGUCUCUCUCCUAGCAUUGACACGCUCGACAACAUCAGGGCGCUUGACCGCAUACAAGAGGUGCCUCACGAGGGACCAAUGUGCGACCUGCUCUGGUCCGACCCAGAUGACAGGUGUGGCUGGGGAAUCUCACCCCGCGGUGCAGGAUACACGUUCGGCCAGGACAUCUCAGAGGCCUUCAACCACAACAACGGCCUGACCCUAGUGGCACGUGCUCAUCAGCUAGUCAUGGAGGGGUACAAUUGGUCGCAAGACAGGAAUGUCGUGACCAUCUUCUCGGCACCCAACUAUUGCUACAGAUGUGGCAACCAAGCCGCGAUCAUGGAGAUUGAUGAGCACCUGAAGUACACCUUCUUGCAAUUUGACCCUUGCCCACGUGCUGGCGAGCCCAUGGUCUCACGAAGGACCCCCGAUUACUUCCUUUAGAUGGGCUCUUAAUCUGGACUCUUACCGCUAUCUUAGCACAGCGCUACACUUGAAGGCAUCACUGAAUACACUGUGUACGAUUGCGUUCCUGGUCACCAAAGCCGUCAGAAGUGGCGGGAGACGCGUGACACUGACGUGCUCGCUUGAAGUAAGGCUCGCACUGUCUAGAAGACCCCAAGAAGCCAUACUAGAGACGCGUGGGAAUGUUACAACAGGUUGUGAUGUAGCUUGUGCACAGACUUAUAAUGGUGGAGACUUGAUUGCAGUGUUUGAUACUCCCU